UGGCGAAGAUUAUGUGCCCUUGGUCCAGGGGGGACAAUUUUCUUGUUGCUUGAUCAGGAGGAGGAGGUGAAAGUGGAGGAGGAGGAGGUGGAGGAGGAGGAGGACUUACACGGGAUUGGCCAUACUCAAUCAAAAAUGUCUGCGGCUCGUAGAACUUCCAUCUGACGGACUUAGUACUGCCUUGUACAUCUUGACAUUAAAAUUUGCCACUGUCUCUCUUCUGUAAAUUGCCUGUCGCGUAACACAUAGGGCGAGAGUUUUGUCGGUUUUGUUGCUUCUGAAAAUUUUGGACCACAUCGCUACUCAUCACUAGACAUACCAACUAAACGUUGCAUCGCACAUGAGGAGACAUAAAUAGUCACAGAGUUGAUCUUUGUUUAUUUACAUCACAAAGGAAUUCAAGAUGGCGGACAGAUGGAAUGAGAAGGGCCAUGUCCCAAAACGGGUCCAUGGACAAUGAAGUUGUCCAACCUGGUCAGAUGCCCAACACCUUGAUGCAAGAUGAUGUUGGAGGGGAAGGUGCUGAUGAUAAUGAAGCUCUGAAGAAAGGGUCAAAACAGAAAGACAGCAAGGGCAAAAAUGCAGAACCAAAGGAAGAAGUUGAAGAGAAAGUGAAUAACAGUCAGGAUCUGUUCGAGGCACAAGGAAGCCAGAAGUUGCAGCCUGGAGAGGUCUUAUCUAGUGAUGAAAAAGGACAGUCAAGAAUCAUAACUCUUGAAGAUGGAGAAGAAGAUGAAGAAGAAGAAGAGGAGGAAAAUGAAGAAAAUGUAGUUGCAAAAGAAGAAAAUGAAGAUAUAACGGAUGAGCCUAAGAAAAAGAGAAAGCAAGGAGAUGAUGGUGACAAGGGCUUGACUUCUGAUGUGCCAGAUGUGAUGCAGAUGCCUGGCUUUGCUCAUGAGGAUCAAACAAUUCAGGGCGAUGUUUAUCAUGAUGAUGACGAUAUUGACGUCGGUGCCAAAACUAAAGGGAAGCGACCCAUACGAUCUCCAGAAAAACUUGCUGCGGUCAGAAAAGAUGCUGAAAUGUCAUUUGGUUUUGAUGAUGAAGGAGAGAACGGUUCGGAUAAAGCGAAAGAGGGUAGGGAAACAUCUCGCAGAGGUGGUAAAUCUCCUCGUGGUGAGGACAAGGCGGAGCCUGAAACUUUGCCAGAGCCCGCCAAGAGAAAAGGCAGGGCUUCUAAGUCGAAGGAGGAAGUGGAAAACGCUGAUGAGGAAGCUCCAAUGUCGCCCCGACGGGGAAGGGUUUCCCAGAAAGACGCUGUCAAGGAAGAGAGUGCUGCGAUUGAGUCCCCCAAGAAAAGGUCUGCCCGUGCCUCCUCCAAGAAGGCGGUGGAAGAGGAAGGGUCAGCAGAGGAUGCGGAAGUAGAGCAGGAGGAGGAAGAGAGGACCACCUCUAGCCGAAGAAGGGGGAGGCCGCCGAAGAGAUAUGGAGAUGAGUCCCCAGUGCAGAGUAAAGCUGAGAAGACGCAGAAGACUCCGGUGUCUGGAAAAGGGAAGGGGAAAGCGUCAGCGGCUGAGAAUGUGGAGGAAGUGGAGGCUGUCGCCAAGUCAGGGAAGAAAGAGGAAGCCCCCACGAGUGCGAAGAGGGGAAGACCGAGGAAGGAGCCAGAGCAGGAGGAGCCAGAGCAACCUCGGCGAAGAGGGCGACCCAAGAAGGAACCGGUGCAAGAGGAGGAGGAUGAGGUGGAAGAGAAGAAGUCCAAGAAAAAGAAGCAGGCUGAGGCGGAGGAGGAGGCUGCGGUUCGGAAAGGCUCACUCGUGAAAGAUGAUCAGAAGAAAAAGGGGAAAGGCAAAGAAGAGGAGAUGGAAAUAAUUGUGAAAGAGGUGCCAAAACCAAGAAGAGGGAGGCCUCCAAAGUCGGCAACAGCCACCCCAGAGACACCUGCUGUUACUAAAGGUCGACCCAAGCGCAAAGUUCAAGAGGUAGAAGAAGAAGAAGAGGAGGAGGAAGAAGAGGAAGAAGAAGAGGAGGAGGAGGAGGAAGAAGAGGAAGAAGAAGAGGAGGAGGAGGAAGAAGAAGAGGAAGAAUACACCCCAAAAAGAGGGAGGAAAAGAGGAAGGCCUUCAUUAGAAUCGGCUCGAAAACGACCAAAAUCCCAGGCAGAGAUUGUGGUUGUACCAGUUACAAUGGGCAGUGUAAAACAGGAGCCAGAGGAGGAGGAAGAAGAAGAACAAGCUUUGAUUGACAUCAAGCAAAUAGUUGGCACUCCUCAGACACCAGGAGACCAGUACAUUGCCUCCCUCGAUGACAGUCAGGUUGGAGAAGAAGAAGUUGGAGCUACUGACGGGGAAGUUACUGAAACGUCUAUGGUGGACAACUGCAUGUCAACUCAGACCCCUCAGUUUGAUGAGUUUGUGGAGGUGGAAACCAUUUUUGUUUCUGCCACCCGUCGCUCUGUCCAGACCCAGACAGACCCUCGGCUCAAGAGGAAAAAGUUUGGGCCCCUCAAUCAAGAUGCGGGUAUUGAUGCAAUGGAUUUUGAUGAAUACGAAGACGACCUGUAUCGCAGACGCAGGAGAAAACUGGAGGAGGAUUACGGUUUGUUUGAAGACAGUGAACCAAGAAGGAAAACUAUUCGUCGCAACACUGAAGAAGCGCUGAAAUGUCCAUUCUGUGAGAAAGCCUUCAUCGGCCUUGUGAAGCACAUCAAGGGCAAGCACAGGGAUGAGCACAGCUAUGAGGAGGAGAUGAGGAAUGCCAAGUGGAGAGAGAGGAUUAUGAAGGUAUCCACUAUUGGCAUUGAUGAAUCUGGUGAAACCUGUACGGAAUGUGGCAAAGUGACCAAGAACAUGAAGAGGCACAUGGAACUUCACCAACAGAACAGAAUGCAGAUUCCUUGUCCCAUUUGUUCUAAGGUGGUUCUGAAGACAGGAAUGAGUUCCCACAUGAGGACUGUGCACUCUGGUCGCAAACCGUACAAGUGUCCCCACUGUGACUACGCCUCUGCCUUUAGGGGAAAUCUCAAUACCCACAUCAAGGGAAUGCACUUGCACACUCGCCAGUACCUGUGCAAUACAUGCAAAGCUGCUUUCAAGACACUUGGAGCCCUCAUUGGUCAUACGAAACGAGUACAUGAGAACUGGAAAUCUCCUAACCAGAAGAUCUUCAUUUGCUCAGUGUGUGAAAAGAGGUUUACCAAGAAAUACCAUGUGGACAGGCAUAUGCUAAUUCAUACGGGCGAGAAACCUCACAAGUGUACGGAUUGUGGACGUUGCUUCAACAAUAAGUCCAACUUGAUGUCACACAUACAGCUGGUCCACAAGAAGCUGUCGCCCUACAUGUGUGACAUGUGCCAUGAGACUUUCAAGAGGAAGAAGCUUCUCUUGGAGCACAUUGGCAAGAUCCACGUAUCCCAUGGUGAGGCAGCCAAGGCCAUGCAGGCCUACAUCCGCAAGAUAGAGGAGACGGCCGAUGACGACGAGGAUGAGCUGGGACAGCACACAAUCACCAUCGCCCCAGCGGGGUCCUCGCACCACGAUGCUGACGAUGGCACAGCCACAGUUUAUGCUCAGGUGUCGGACGGAACUUACCAAGCAAUGGUGACGGAUGCCUCUCAGGUGCUGCAGGGCCAGACGUUCACCACGCUGCAGACGGACGGCGGCGAGGAAACUAUCAUCAUCGUGCAGGCCGCCGACCCCAACGAGGUCACACACGCCAUUGUGGAACACGAUGAGGACGGGGCGGUGCAGUUUGCCAUGCAGGCCGGGGCAGAGGACGCUGCAGGCUCAGAAGGCAACGCCAGCUUCAUCACCAUGUAAAUCUCUCUCCUUAUAGAUCGAUCCACUUCACCUCAUUGAUUCAAGCCCCACUGGUGUUAUGUCACUCACCCAGUGAUGUUUUGAUCACAGUGAUGAAUAGACUUCACUUUCUGUGGAGCAGUCCUUUGCCGCUGCGCGCCCCCCCUGUUCUCAGGCUGGACGCCUUGCUGUAGUUUGUAUCAGACUAUCUCACUCUUUUCUGCAGUCACCCAAGUCAUUUUUGUCAGACAAGUUUUCGAAUAAUGGUUUGAAAACUGAUGUAUUUACCGCAUGUCCACUCUUGGUCUUGCUUCGAGCAGAAUUAGAAGGAUAUGAGAUGAUGGUACAUCUAAAUGAUUUCUUUUUGCUUUGUUUUGAUUUUGUAGAUCUGAAAAAGUUUUCGGGUAACAGCCGUUUCGGAUUGUUUAUAAAAACAAGGAGCAAUUGUGGAGUGAAUGUGAUACUUUGUUCCGACUUUUUAUUUAUAUUGAGAAGUAUGAGAGGGUUAUAGAGAAUAAUGCAAACUUUUACUUCAAGGACGUUUUGUAAAAUAUUGUAUCUUAAGUUUUCUUUGUCUUGAGAAAUAUAUGUUUUGUUGGUUGAUGGUUUUUUUUUCAGGAUUGAGUUUUAUGUGCACCGUUUCUGAAUAUGUCUGCUCUCAUUUUCAUUUAUGACCAGUUUAACGCAACGCAAAAGGGGACUUUUCACAGAAUAUUUAUGCUGUUUAUUAUUUUUUAACUAUUCAAAACUCAUUUAUGAGUUUUAAAUGUCUUGAAUGUUUAUUAUGAACUUGAAAACUGAAAAUAUUUGAAGUGCAGCUUUUAUGUAAGCACAGAAUGCGUGUUGUUGAUUUUUCCAGAAAAUGUCAUUUUUAGCUAUUGUAUGAGUCUGCAGAGUGACUAGUAUGGUGUCUGCGAUAGGUCUGAAAGAGCUGGUUGAGUGUCAUAGAUUGUGGGACUUUGUUGGGGUUUUUUGUUGUUGAAUCUAAUGUUUGCCUUGAGUAUGGAGUACCAGCUUCUAUGUGAAAUUUCCAAACCUGUCAUGUGGAUGUGAAUGAAUGGCAGAGUGGAAAGUGCACUCUUAAGCCUGGCUAGCUUAUUUGGAUGAUUGCGUGGUUGAAGAUUUUCUUCUUACACCUUCUUUCUGGUGUGCAGUUGGCAGGUUGUUUUUUUUGGACGUACCAUCUCCUGGAAACACUACUAAUGUACAUUUUUGUAGGCACUUUUUUUUCUCUCUAAUGGUUCUCUCUUUUGGUUGUUUUACAUGCCUCAAGGGUAGGCAGGUUUUGUGGUGCAAUUUGCUCCUCCUGUUGCCUCACUUGAGUGGAAAUGCUGGUCACUGGCAUUUUUACAUUGUCUAUUGCAAUACCACAAAUUGUCUAACGGCCCUUAUUCAAAUUUGAAUCCUUUUCCGAAUUUUUUAGUGGACAUAUAUUAGUUCGCCAUUUCUCUUUGCUGGAGGAAAAGUUAAACGUAUAUCUAAAAAUCUUAAGUGUCGUGCAAUCCUAUCUUCAGAUUGCGUUUGAUUUGUUUUGGUGUCUUUUUUACCUGUCAUAACCGUUGGGCGGGAAUGUGUAAGCAGGCAGGUAAUGUUGGCCUGUUUUGACUUGUUUGAGCAUAGAAUGCUCUUAUCCGCAUUGUUUUAAGCAGUGUUGGGAUGCUUUGACAUUGAUUGCUGCUGAGAGGGUUAAGGUGAAGUCGAAAGUUGUGUCUUUCAAGUAGAAGAAGCAUAUAUUUUUCUGUCGUAGUUUUCAAGAAUUCCAAUUUUUAUGACACGGAUAUUUGUUAAAUGUUCUGAAUGAUUCUGUUUGUUUCUUUUUCUAAUGUCAGCUCCCGUUGUUUCGCCUAUGGUAAUUUUUGUCAGUGCAUUUGAUAUCAAUGUCAAAAUGGUACUAUUAAAUGGCUUAGGGAUGGGAUGUCUUGAUACUGUUUUGCUCCAAUAACUACAUUAUUACUUCGCUUCGCUUUUUAAUAGUAUGGUUCAUUAUUGUUGAUAAUUUGGUUUUGUUGACAAUCUGAGACUGGUUUAAGGAGAUCGCUGUAUGAAAGUAGGCAUUUACGCUGUACUUUGUAAAUGCACUUAAAAACUUUGUUUCUGAAAUAUGUAGUCAUAUGUUUCCCAACCAUGCUGUGGAUAAGUCACUGUGAUGGAAUGAUUUGAACCUGAUUUUGGUGAGCAUGUUCUGCAAACUAGCGUGACUGCCAGCACCAAUUUGUUUUGGCAGGAACUAUUGAAACUGCAAGAGGCACAAUGGUUUGAGAAAAUUUGAAAAAGUUGUAUUGGUACUUCAACACCAAAAAUUUCUGUUUCUUUUGUUCUUGCAUUUACAUUGUUUGAGAGGGGCUAUUGUACGUCCAGUGGCAGAGCAUCUAACAUUGUGCUGACUCUGUAUGAGGUGGUGUUUACUCUUUUCUACUUUAUCAACCUAACUCUGUACAUUGUUAGCACAGGGUACUGGCACACUGACAGUAUGGGAUGAAGUGACUUGUGUUGUUACCGCAGUGUCCUGGCAUACUGACGGUGUGGGAAGGAGCUGCUGUUGGUCCUUAAGAUCAUGUACAUUCCCCAUUGUUUGCCCGCUCAUGUUCAUGUACUUGCUCUUCCUGGACACAAAUGAUGACAAUUCACCCAUGUCUGUUGAUUUAUGGUGUAGCUGUAAGGCUCUCCCCUGUUACAAGCUGAAGAUGUGAAUUUGAUUCCACAGGAGGAGGGUUUAAAAAAAAAAAAUUAAAAAUAAUAAAUUUCUUUUAAGCAGCAAGUAGCUGUUUGCUGGGAUGUUGUAUCCUUCUCAGGCUGCAGUUCUAAACAGUUUUGCUGUACUUUUUGUGUCGGCAACAUAGAACAGGCCAUGCGUUAUACUGUAUAGAAAUACAGUUUUCUGGAAAAUGAUUCGACAUGGUUUGAUUUUGUGAUCUAUGAGUAUUAGGUUCAAUGAAGAAGUUUUCUGGAUUUGCUUUGCUUAAGUUUUUUCUUUCCCUUCUUUAUCUCAAAAGCUUGACCAGCAUUGUCUUUGGGCAAAUAUUUUCUCACUUUACCGUCUAACAAAUGUACAUCAAUAUAUACACUCUCAGAUCUUCUCACGGAGAAGGAAACAGACUUUGAUAGAGCCUGCUCGUUUUGUCACAGAUUGAUUUCUUUUCUGCUGCCAGGCAUGGCAGUGUGCUACAUUGUUGUUGUGCAUGUGAACGAAAUGUGGGAGUGCGGGAAAAAUAGACUGCACCUUUGUGUGAGGCAGAAUCUGAGUUAGUUCCUAAUGUCCCAAAUGUGUGUUCAUACUUGUUUACGGCAUAGAUUGUCGCUGUGGGUGUGGAUCAUAUGUGCAUGUGGAUAAUAAGCAAAUGAAAAAGUGCAUCUGUGAGUUUGUGUAUAUGUAUGAAUGAGUGAGUUUGUUACCCACUAGCCUAAGAAUUCCGCUGCUUACACUUUGUCAGCACAUUGGGUAGUAUGAUGUAUCCCCCCUAACCCUUUCUCCCUUACCCAUUUCCUUCGUCCUAGCA